AUUGAGAGGCCAAACACAAAAAGCUGCAGCCAGAGCACGUCUGUUCUGCUCAGAGAAGAGAUGAGAGGCACUUAGCAGGAAUGGCUUGACUGGACCUUUAACUUCAGCUACAGGAUCGGAUAGUUUGUCGAGAGGUUCUGUCGGCAGCCAUGAGCGCCCUCGGGAAGAUCAUCUUCUACAGCAUGAUAGCCCUCAUCAUUAUAUUCUCGGCCAUCAUCAUCCUCAUCCUCUCCCUUGCCUUCUCAAGCUCGUCUGCCGUGCUGAGCAGCAACACGGCGCCCAUCGCAAACCUGGGCCAGGACACGCUCCUCAGCUGCUACCUUCUCACGCAGACUGUCACAAAGGUGUCGGUCACCUGGGAGAAGAAGGAUCUAAGUGGAGUGGUUUACAAGUACAAGAACGGAGCUGCCAACCUGCAGGACCAGAACUCACAGUUCAAGGGGAGAACUCAGCUGUUCUCUGAAGCUUUGGUUACAGGGAACGCUUCCCUGCUGUUGAGGAACGUGAGGCAGAGCGAUGAGGGCGAGUACACGUGCAUCCUCAGCUCCUCUCACAGCGGCGGCACAGUCAACAUUCAUCUCCGGACAGCAGCCUUCACAGCCCCCACAUUCACACUUUCCAACAGUGUGCUGACGGCUCAUGCCGGCAGGUGGUUCCCUAAACCUAACGUGACGUGGUUGAACCUGGAUGACGAAGUCCUGCAGGGAAACACCACCAUCUUAGUGAGCCCCAAGAAAAUAUACAGUGUUUGGAGCACCGUGCCAGUCACCAGCACCGACAGCUACAUCUGCAGGAUUGAAAACGACCUGGUGAUCUCUGUCUCUACAGCAACGGUGACAGGUUCUGCUGUAUCAGAGGAAUCGUACUUCACCUUCAGUGCUGCUUCAUCCCUGCUGGUGUCAGUUCACCUGAGUAUCACGGUCACCGGCGUCCUCUUCAUCUACAACCUGACCUAAUUACGCACACGCAGACAUACAGAUGGUGACAAAUUGAAGGAAAAACAAAGUUCAGUGUUAGUUCUAAACCGGCUGUGGUGAUGCUGGUUGCAGUUUUCUUUCUGAAACUGUAAAAGUGACCUGCAGUAAUUGACCUGCUUCUGGAGUCCACAGAACCUGAAGUAAAGAGCUGUUCACCUGUUUAUUAAGUGUGGUGACGCUCGACUCACUACGCAAACUUAUGAUGCACAACGUCACUUACCUUGAUGGGUCCCAGUCGCUGCUGCUACAGAGCGCUGGUCACCUGUUCAUUCAAAGUUUAUUAAUAUUGGACAUAUCAUGUGUCCAAAUCGCACCAUAUUCAAUUCUGCACUUACUUGGGCCCUUAACAAUUUACAUGACAUGUGUGAAGCUGAUGAGAUGAACGGUUGGCGAGAUAUGUGAGUCACAUACAGACAGAGAGUAGAUCUAUUUUUAUAUCAAGGUGUGUUGAGGCUGUUGUGAGGCCACCUGGUGGUAACUUACUUAUGUUGGUUUUUCCUUUAAUUUGUCCCCUGUCUGAACAUGAGAUAAAUAUAUAAUAUUCCCUCAAACACCCCAACCAGGUUGUAUAUAUGUCAUACUCUGUAUAUCGGUGUGUGCAGAAGAACUUAGAAAUUCCAGUGUGAAUGCUUAAAGCAGAAAUCAUUUGCCAAGCAAAUUAAAAUUCUAUGAAAAGAUGAAUAAAAGAUUAAAAUGAUGAAAAAUGUAAUUGUGGAAGCAAAGCUUGGAAGCUGAAAAGUGAAGCGAACAGCUGAAGCAGCUUUAAAUUUCUGAUAAAACAGCUGAUGUGUAGAAUCAAAACUUGGGAGAAGAGAAGAAAGCUGGAAGAUGUCGUUGAAUAAAUGCAGAGACGGAUGAAAAAAGACUGAAGAAAACGUGGAAGCUGAGAGAUGAUGCGGAAAACGGCUGAAAUACAGAACAAAAACUUGGCCGGUGAAAGCUGAAGGAAAGACUGAAGCAAUGCUUAAACUACAAAUCAGCUAAUUUAAAUAAAUUUUAAUUUAAAAACGAAACACAGAAAUCAGAACUCCGAAGCUGAGAGGUGAAGGAUUACGACAGUGGAUGGAAAAUGGACAAAAAAACUAAGAAAUGUAAAAGCAAAACUUGAAGCUGAAAGUUUAAAGAAACCGACGAGGUCACAAUGAAAAACAGAUGAUAUCAACUGAAAGACUUAAAUCCUGCAUUGACUGACUUCAUGUUAAUUCAUUGUAUAAUUUAUUAUUAUAUUAUUAUAUUUGUUGUUCACCACCUUACUGGUACCACUGCUACCUGGGCACAAACAGGAAUUUAUGUGUUUAUUAAAAAAAGAAAACCACCGUAGAAAAGGAUUCUUUUCUCUGUCGGUGGUGAAACAACAGGUCACAGAAAAACACCUGGACAUGUUUUACUUUAAAAGUUCGAAGCCACAUUUUUAAAAAGCAGCAGGAAUUGUAUAUGUGUUAAGAUGCUGAGAUCACAAGCAUCAUUUUCACCAAUAAACACAUUUUAUUCCUC